UGGCGUCUGCGGAGCCCCCCGCCCGGCACCUCCCCCGCCCCGCACUGGCCAUUGGCUUGUCCUGGUCUCUUUUUCAUGUCCAGCCCCUGAUGUGUGUCCAUUGGUGUGAGCUUCCCCUUCCCUCCUCCCCUUCUCUCCUGCUCGCCCUGCCCAUGUUUUGUGUGUCUCUGUCCAUCCAGACUCCUGACGUUCAAGUUCGCAGGGACGUCACGUCCGCACUUGAACUUGCAGCUCAGGGGGGCUUUUGCCAUUUUUUUCAUCUCUCUCUCUCUCUCUCCCCCUCUAUCUCUCCUCUCUCUCUCUUUUUUUUUUGGUUAAAAAAAAAAAAAAAGCCAUGACGGCUCUCCCACAAUUCAUCUUCCCUGCGCCAUCUUUGUAUUAUUUCUAAUUUAUUUUGGAUGUCAAAAGGCACUGAUGAAGAUAUUUUCUCUGGAGUCUCCUUCUUUCUAACCCGGCUCUCCCGAUGUGAACCGAGCCGUCGUCCGCCCGCCGCCGCCGCCGCCGCCUCCCGCCCGCCCCGCAGCCCACCAUGUCUCGCCGCAAGCAAGGCAAACCCCAGCACUUAAGCAAACGGGAAUUCUCGCCCGAGCCUCUUGAAGCCAUUCUUACAGAUGAUGAACCGGACCACGGACCUUUGGGAGCCCCAGAAGGGGACCACGACCUCCUCACGUGUGGGCAGUGCCAGAUGAACUUCCCGUUGGGGGACAUUCUCAUUUUUAUCGAGCACAAACGGAAACAAUGCAAUGGCAGCCUCUGCUUAGAAAAAGCUGUGGAUAAGCCACCUUCCCCUUCACCAAUCGAGAUGAAAAAAGCAUCCAAUCCUGUGGAGGUUGGCAUCCAGGUCACGCCAGAGGAUGACGAUUGUUUAUCAACGUCAUCUAGAGGAAUUUGCCCCAAACAGGAACACAUAGCAGGUAAAGAUGAGCCCAGCAGCUACACAUGUACAACUUGCAAACAGCCAUUCACCAGUGCAUGGUUUCUCUUGCAACACGCACAGAACACUCAUGGAUUAAGAAUCUACUUAGAAAGCGAACACGGAAGUCCCCUGACCCCGCGGGUUGGUAUCCCUUCAGGACUAGGUGCAGAAUGUCCUUCCCAGCCACCUCUCCAUGGGAUUCAUAUUGCAGACAAUAACCCCUUUAACCUGCUAAGAAUACCAGGAUCAGUAUCCAGAGAGGCUUCCGGCCUGGCAGAAGGGCGCUUUCCACCCACUCCCCCCCUGUUUAGUCCACCACCGAGACAUCACUUGGACCCCCACCGCAUAGAGCGCCUGGGGGCGGAAGAGAUGGCCCUGGCCACCCAUCACCCGAGUGCCUUUGACAGGGUGCUGCGGUUGAAUCCAAUGGCUAUGGAGCCUCCCGCCAUGGAUUUCUCUAGGAGACUUAGAGAGCUGGCAGGGAACACGUCUAGCCCACCGCUGUCCCCCGGCCGGCCCAGCCCUAUGCAAAGGUUACUGCAACCAUUCCAGCCAGGUAGCAAGCCGCCCUUCCUGGCGACGCCCCCCCUCCCUCCUCUGCAAUCCGCCCCUCCUCCCUCCCAGCCCCCGGUCAAGUCCAAGUCGUGUGAGUUCUGCGGCAAGACGUUCAAAUUUCAGAGCAACCUGGUGGUGCACCGGCGCAGCCACACGGGCGAGAAGCCCUACAAGUGCAACCUGUGCGACCACGCGUGCACGCAGGCCAGCAAGCUGAAGCGCCACAUGAAGACGCACAUGCACAAGUCGUCCCCCAUGACGGUCAAGUCGGACGACGGCCUCUCCACCGCCAGCUCCCCGGAACCGGGCACCAGCGACCUGGUGGGCAGCGCCAGCAGCGCGCUCAAGUCCGUGGUGGCCAAGUUCAAGAGCGAGAACGACCCCAACCUGAUCCCGGAGAACGGGGACGAGGAGGACGAGGAGGACGACGAGGAAGAGGAGGAAGAGGAGGAAGAGGAGGAGGAGGAGCUGACGGAGAGCGAGAGGGUGGACUACGGCUUCGGGCUGAGCCUGGAGGCAGCGCGCCACCACGAGAACAGCUCGCGGGGCGCGGUGGUGGGCGUGGGCGACGAGGGCCGCCCCUUGCCGGACGUCAUGCAGGGCAUGGUGCUCAGCUCCAUGCAGCACUUCAGCGAGGCCUUCCACCAGGUCCUGGGCGAGAAGCAUAAGCGCGGCCACCUGGCCGAGGCCGAGGGCCACAGGGACACUUGCGACGAAGACUCGGUGGCCGGCGAGUCGGACCGCAUAGACGAUGGCACUGUUAACGGCCGCGGCUGCUCCCCGGGUGAGUCGGCCUCGGGGGGUCUGUCCAAAAAGCUGCUGCUGGGCAGCCCCAGCUCGCUGAGCCCCUUCUCCAAGCGCAUCAAGCUCGAGAAGGAGUUCGACCUGCCUCCCGCCGCGAUGCCCAACACGGAGAACGUGUACUCGCAGUGGCUAGCCGGCUACGCAGCCUCCAGGCAGCUCAAAGAUCCCUUCCUGAGCUUCGGAGACUCCAGACAAUCGCCUUUCGCCUCCUCGUCGGAGCACUCCUCGGAGAACGGGAGCUUGCGCUUCUCCACGCCGCCCGGGGAGCUGGACGGAGGGAUCUCGGGGCGCAGCGGCACGGGAAGUGGAGGGAGCACGCCCCAUAUUAGUGGUCCGGGCCCGGGCAGGCCCAGCUCAAAAGAGGGCAGACGCAGCGACACUUGUGAGUACUGUGGGAAAGUCUUCAAGAACUGUAGCAAUCUCACUGUCCACAGGAGAAGCCACACGGGCGAAAGGCCUUAUAAAUGCGAGCUGUGCAACUAUGCCUGUGCCCAGAGUAGCAAGCUCACCAGGCACAUGAAAACGCAUGGCCAGGUGGGGAAGGACGUUUACAAAUGUGAAAUUUGUAAGAUGCCUUUUAGCGUGUACAGUACUCUGGAGAAACACAUGAAAAAAUGGCACAGUGAUCGAGUGUUGAAUAAUGAUAUAAAAACUGAAUAGAGGUUCUUCACACACCCCCAUUCGGCGUAGUGCCCAGAGAGCUCAAGAUGUGUGGCAGUUUUCGGAUGGAAGCUCGAGAACCCUUAAGUUCUGAGAAAAUUUGAACCCCCACGGGCGGGGUGGACGCAAGCCGCCCAGCCGACAUCUGCGUGGUCUGUCAUCCUGCUAGUUUGUGAUGUUUUCUGACAGUAGCCUCCAAGAAGCCGUUGUGCGAAGACAGAGUCCUGCAGUGUCCUUCCUGCCUGGGCCUGCAGUGUCAUUUUAUUUAUAUUUUUUAAUAAAAAGUAAAAACAAAAAAACAGACCCACAUUGGAACAGUGAAUCAGUCCCCUAGAGAGGGUCUGUGGACCACCGCUGCUCUGAGAGCCGUCCUGGCCCCUCUGAGACCAGCCAACCCAAUUCCCUGUCUUGUGGAAAUGAGCAUGAGUUCCCCAAACCCCUUGUUUCUAUACAUUCUAUGUUGUCUUUUAAGAAGUGUGCUUAACAUUGACACAAUAAAUGUUGGAGCUUUA